AUGGAUCAACUUAUAUGUGGAUUCUCAUUCUUACUCAAUGUUCUAGAGUUGUUGCUCAAGCCGACUUUGAGCCUUCCUACUACUUCCUGGACCAAUAUUGGUACUACUAGACAUGGAAGCUCUGUCAAUGUCCUGGCCGUCCUUCCUACGCCUCAAUGGUUUGAUAAUACCAGUGGCGUUACAUCCGACACAGUUCUGGUCAGCAAUCCUCCAUCUCAAUGGCCAACCAAUAUCAUAAACGUGACUUCUAUCUUCACAUCAACCCUUAAUUCCCCCUCACAAUGUCAAAGCUUCGUCACUUCAACAACUUUCGGACUCAACACAGACUUCGGUUAUUCGAUUGCGCCCACAAACUCGAGACAACUGAUCAAUAAUCCAAACACUACUACAUUUUCUUUUCACCACCAAACGGUUUCCAGUUUCGGGCACAGUGAGACGGCAACUGUCAACAAUACUAUAGUCAACAUAUCCGUUACACCCCCUGAAUUGGAUCCCGAGACGGAUCCUUGCAUUGCUUUUGAUUCUCCUGACGACGACUAUUAUGAAUUCAUUCUGGUACCUAACACAAAAACGAUUACACUUGCUAGCAAUAUAACACACACCCCAAUACCAGAGUUUACUUCUACAACUUAUUAUCCACCUGGGACAUCACCAGCGUAUGAGAUACCAUCAUUACCAUUCGGUAAUGAAACCGACCCGAACCAGAUAGAGUCAAAUGAAACAAGUAUAAGAGAAUAUUUGUCACUGUCGCCAUUAGCGCCUGCCGGUAUUUCACAGUCAAGGACGAUGACCGUUGUUGUUACAAGCAAGAACCCACAGGUUGUUUUUGCCUCUUAUACUCCACCGCGUUUUCCGGGAAUCCCAGUAACAAAAAUUGGCAAGCCAUCUGCACCAACUUUUACGUCAACUUCUACGCCAGGUCCUACGGUUAAAGCAACCCACCCUGAAUUAAACAGUGUAGGGAAUCCCGAUGCAGGAUCUAACAUUGAUUCCGGAUCACCUUCGAUUUCUACGAGUAAUUCGCCUAUAACUAUUAAGCAAAAGGGGCACAUGUUUACAGUCAAUUCAUCUCAAGUGAUAGGGCCAGGAACAACAAUCACAUUAUCAAGUUCAUAUGGAGUAAUUAAAUCCAUCAACCCAGCGGCAAUGAGUAUGCAGCCACAACCAAUUCCAACUCCAGCUUCCAAGGCAGGUAUUCCUGGGAUAUCGACAACUCUGACUACUGAUUCAGGGGAUUCAGAGGCAAAUAGUAUGCAGUCACAACCGAGUCCAACUCUUGCUUCAGGGGCAGAUACUCCUGGUACAUCACCAAUUCUAACUACCAACUCGGGGGCAGCCCGGGCAGGUAGCCCUAGGACCUCACCAACUCUGACUGCCAGUUCAGGAGGUGUGGAUAUCGAAAUGUCAGAAAUCUCAACUGUAAUGGAUAAUAUUUCGGUACAACUGGGAAAAUCCAUUGCCGUUGUGAAUGGCAAGACCUAUUCAGUAGGUUUGGGAGCUCCUCAGGUAGUGACUGUGAUAAACACCCAGACAGUCACUAUUGGUAUUGCCGGAGUCGAAUUUGGCCAUACGACUCUUGCUCCUCUAGUUUUUGAACCUACAAAACACGUGAUAAUUGGUGGUGAGCCCAUAAGUGUUGGAAAAUCAUUGGCAUAUAUUGGAUCUUCAACGUUUACUUACGGGUCAGGAUUGGCCAUUCAAACUGAUGUAUUCAAUGGACAAACAAUACGCAUCUACCCUAGUGUAGUGGUCUUUGCUCGAACGACUUUAGAAGGUAACUCAAGAUCCGGAAAUCAAAUUGGAAUAGUUGGUGGUCUCUCGGUUACGGAAGUAGGCUCAUCAAUCGCAAUCAUAUCUAGCAUUACGUUCAAUAUUGGACCGGGUGUUACUCCUACCAAGACAGUGAUCAGUGGGGAAAUUUCAGAUGUCACAUUCACGCAAAUUGGAUCAAGCCUAGCAGUUAUAGAUGGAACAACCUUUGCUUUUGGACUGGGCGCAAUACCUACUAGUCAUACUUUCAAUCAACAAACUAUAAAAAUUGGAAGUAAUGGCGUUGAGUUCGCAAAGACAACAUUUAUAGGUGUCUCUGGAUCAUCCUCAACGCAGGCUAUGUCUACAAGUACAAGUGAAGGAUUGAAGUUCCAAACUACAGGCGAAGACUCGACACACGCGUCUACAUAUGCAGCAGCGACAUCUACAGAUCAAGGAAGUGACGCUGGGAGGAUCAACGCACCAUUCGAAAUAUACGCAUGCAUCACUCUUGGUCUCAUUAUGAUAAUGACUCGAUUGAAAGAUGAGAUAAAGUUUUAA